AUGAAGUUGACAUCACCUGAUAUCCAUAAGGACAUUUCAUGUGCUAUUUCAACUGAAAUUAUCAAUGCAAUCAUCAUGGAUAUUGGUGAUUCGUUAUUUGCCAUUCUUGUUGAUGAAUCAUGUGACAUGUCUUCAAAUGAGCAGAUGGCAAUUGUGCUACAUUAUAUGGAUAAAGGUCAGGUAAUUGAACAUUUUGUAGGUAUUGUGCAUGUUACAGAUACUAAAUCUUCCUCACUCAAGUUAGCCGUUGACGAUUUCUUUUCGAGACAUGGAUUAAGCAUCUCUAGAUUGCGAGGGCAAGGUUAUGAUGGCGCAAGUAAUAUGAUAGGUGAGUUUAGUGGUCUUAAAACACUCAUUCUAAAUGAGAAUGACUCUGCUUUUUAUGUUCAUUGUUUUGCUCAUCAACUUCAACUAGCUCUAGUAGUUGUGGCAAAGAAACAUUCAGAAAUUGCAGGUUUAUUUACUAUGGUUUCUAAUGUGGUGAAUGUUGUGGGUGCAUUCGCUAAGUGCCGUGAUAUGCUGAGAGAAAAGCAUGCUGAUGCAAUUUUUGAAGCACUCAAUAAUAAUGAGCUCUUAAAUGGGCAAGCUCUGAAUCAAGAAACUAAUCUUAAGCAGUCUAGUGAUACACGAUGGAGCUCUCAUUAUAAUUGUUUAAUCAGUUUGGAAAACAUGUUCCCAUCUGUGAUAGAUGUGCUUAAGAUUGUAAGAACAGAUGGAUCAGAUUAUGAACAAAAAUUUGAAGCAAAGGUUCUAUUAACUUUUAUGCAAUCAUUCAGCUUCAUUUUUGGUCUACACUUGAUGAAAAGAAUUUUGGGAAUCACAAACGACUUGUCUCAGGCAUUACAAAAGAAAGAUCAAGAUAUUGUAAAGGAAGAUUGCAAAGUAUGA